AUGCAACUGUCCCCCCGCGAACUCGACAAACUCAUCCUCGCCCAAGUCGGCCAACUCGCCCAACGCCGUCUCGCUCGCGGCAUAAAACUCAACCGCACCGAAGCCAUCGGCCUCAUCGCUUCCCAACUCCAAGAACUCGUCCGUGAAGGCACGUACACAUGUGCCGACCUCAUGGAAAUCGGUACAAAGAUGUUGGGGAGGAGACAUGUGUUGCCGGAGGUUGUGGAGGGGUUGCAUGAGAUUCAGAUUGAGGGGAAUUUUAGGGAUGGGACGUAUUUGGUUACGGUCCAUGGGCCGAUUAGUACGGAUGAUGGGGAUUUGGAGAGGGCGUUGUAUGGGUCUUUCUUGCCGAUUCCGGAGAAGGAGAAGUUUGUGUUGGAGGGGGAGGAGGUGUAUGAACACUCCAAGCAGCCUGGAGCUGUUGUGGUGGAGGAUGGUGCGGGACCGAUUGUUUUGAAUGCUGGACGCGAGAGGAGUAAGCUCAGGGUUGAGAACACGGGUGACCGUCCCAUUCAGGUUGGUUCUCACUACCAUUUCGUUGAGACCAAUCCUGCUUUGGCGUUCGAUCGCGGACUUGCGUUGGGAUUGCGUUUGGAUAUCCCGGCGGGAACGGCAAUUCGUUUCGAGCCUGGAGACGUAAAGACAGUCCCCCUCGUCCCCAUCGCCGGAAAUCGCAUCAUCGCCGGUGGAAACGGCCUCGCUACUGGUCCCGUCGACGACGCCAACAAAGACGCCCUCCUCAAAAUGAUCGUCGAAAACGGAUUCUCCCACGUCCCUCAACUUCCCAACGCUGACCUCGGACCCGUGAAAGCGGCCGAGAUGACCCGCGAGGCGUAUGCCGCCAUGUUUGGGCCCACUGCGGGUGACAAAGUCAGGCUUGGUGAUACGGAGUUGUGGAUUAAGGUGGAGAAGGAUUUCACUGUCUAUGGUGAUGAAUGUAAGUUUGGAGGUGGGAAGACGUUGAGGGAUGGCAUGGGACAGGCGAGUGGACGGAAGGAUUCUGAGUGUUUGGAUCUGGUGAUUACGAAUGCGUUGGUUGUCGAUUAUACCGGAAUCUACAAGGCUGACGUCGGAAUCACGAACGGAAAUAUCACACAUAUCGGAAAAGCCGGAAACCCCGAUACCAUCGAAGGUGUGACCCCCGGCAUGGUGAUCGGCUCCAACACCGAUGUCAUCGCCGGUGAGAAGAUGAUCCUCACAGCUGGUGCCUUCGACUCCCACAUCCACUUUAUCUGUCCUCAACAAGCCGAAGAAGCCCUCGCCUCCGGUGUCACAACCAUGCUCGGCGGCGGAACAGGCCCCUCGACGGGUACGAACGCAACGACAUGUACCCCCUCCGCCACCUACAUCUCCAAAAUGCUCCAAGCCCUCGACACCAUCCCCAUGAAUUUUGGCGUAACCGGAAAAGGCAACGACGCCGAUCCCAAGGGAUUGAGGGAACAAGUGGAGGCAGGCUGUGUCGGGUUGAAACUGCACGAGGAUUGGGGAACUACGCCGGCGGCAAUUGAUAGUUGUUUGAGGGUUUGUGAUGAGUAUGAUGUGCAGUGUUUGAUUCAUACGGAUACGUUGAAUGAGUCGAGUUUUGUUGAGGGGACGGUUAAGGCGUUUAAGGGACGUACGAUUCAUACGUACCAUUCGGAGGGAGCUGGAGGUGGACACGCACCGGAUAUUAUUACGGUUUGUGGGCAUCCGAAUGUGUUGCCGUCUUCGACGAACCCUACCAGGCCGUUCACUCGUAACACUCUUGACGAGCAUCUCGACAUGUUAAUGGUCUGCCACCAUUUGUCAAAGGAUAUCCCCGAGGACAUCGCUUUCGCCGAGUCCCGUAUCCGUGCGGAGACUAUCGCUGCCGAGGACGUUUUGCACGACUUGGGUGCAAUUAGUAUGAUGUCUUCCGAUUCUCAAGCUAUGGGUCGCUGUGGCGAGGUCAUCCUCCGUACAUGGAAGACCGCAUCCAAAAACAAGCAACAACGCGGCUUCCUCCCCGAGGACGAGGGUACCGACGCCGAUAACUUCCGCGUCAAGCGCUAUAUCGCUAAGUACACCAUCAACCCCGCCAUCUCGCACGGAAUCGCGCAUGCUAUCGGGUCCGUUGAGGUGGGUAAGGUGGCUGAUCUCGCAUUGUGGAAGUUCGCCGAUUUCGGCGCGAAGCCAAACAUGAUCCUCAAGAGUGGUAUGAUCGUUAUGUCACAGAUGGGCGACCCCGGAGCCUCCAUCCCCUCCGUUGAGCCGGUGUACAUGCGUCCCAUGUUCGCCAGCAUGGUUCCCUCGACUUCGAUCAUGUUCAUGUCUCAGGCUUCUAUCGAUGCUGGCAAGGAUAAGGAGUAUGGGUUGAAGAAGAGGGUGAUGGCUGUGAAGGGGUGUAGGAAUAUUGGGAAGAAGGAUAUGAAGUUGAAUGAUGUUAUGCCGAAGAUGAAGGUUGAUCCGGAGAAGUAUAUUGUUGAGGCGGAUGGUGUUCAUAUGACUUGUGAGCCGUCCGAUGAGUUGCCGUUGACGCAGAAGCACUUUAUCUUUUAG